GCGGCUGCGGCUGCAGGGGAGCGGUACGCGGCGGAAGGGGACGCGGAGCGGUCGCGUGCGCGGAGGGCAGCUCUGGGCGCGGUGCGGUUGCGGUUGGUGCGGGCGCUCCAGGGCCCUGGGAACAAUGGCGCUGUGCGCGCGGGCCGCGCUGCUGCUGCUGCUGCUGGGCGCGCUGCAGGUGCUGGCGCUGCCGGGGGCCGCGGCGGACGGUGCGGACCCUCAGGGCUCUCCAAGUAGAAAUCACUCUGUGUCUCUGCUGCCCUCCCGUGUUAACGUCACAGAAAAUACCACUGUGCAUAUGGCUUCCAACCAGACCAAUAAAGUUAACAACAGCACUUUGAAGCCAUUAGUAACUUCAGGACUGCCAAGAAAUGUCACAACUGUCACUGUGAAACCUGAAACUAUUGCUAAAAUAUCAACACCAGGGGUCUCACCACACGUGACUUCCACUGCCUCAAAGUCUACACCCAAAGCAAGUGCUUCCCCAAAAUCAACCCAGACAGCAGCAUCCAUGAUGACCACAGGCCACAACAGUUUAAAGACAUCUAUAACGAUCACAGCGACUGUCCAUUCUGACAAGAGCAAAGGAUCGAAGUUCGACACCGGCAGCUUUGUUGGAGGAAUAGUGUUAACUCUGGGAGUCCUGUCUAUUCUCUACAUUGGAUGCAAAGUGUAUUAUUCAAGGAGAGGCAUUCGGUAUCGAAGCAUUGAUGAACAUGAUGCCAUCAUUUAAAUUACUCCACUGGCCAAGGAAAGAAGAGAGACUGCAGCCCUAUCAAAUAGUUUGGUUUAUAUUAGCCUGAAAUAUUAUUUUCUUGGAAAUAGUAUAAGCAAGUCAUAUAUAAAAUGAACAAUGUGUUCCAUGAAUAUCUGAAAAUCCCUUAUUAUUAAAGGUAAAGGGUAUAGUCUGGGCAGUUCAUUGAGUUUGGAGCUAACAGGUAAUUUAUCCAGUGAUUACGUUUACUUUAGAAAGUCAUAGCAAGACAAGUCCUAUCCUUCAGAGGAUGCCAUGACACUGGUUGUCACCGAGGGGCAGGAUCCCACAGAAUUGCAGAGCCUAUUGCAGCGGUGUCUGGUUGGUCACAUAACAAACCUAAGUGCCAUUCAGUGCUGGGAUGUGUCCUGAUUUACACCUUGGGUUCCACAGCUCAGCUAACCAGCAAACCUUAGGAAGCCCCCGCAUUUUAGGGUUUAUAGUCAGGGUUGACCUAGCGAGAACUUGAAUCCGAUGCAUCCCUCACAGCACUGUGGAGCCUGGCCUUCACUAACCACCUCUUCUCAGCUCUCCGUCUCUGCUUCUUCCUUUCUGCAUGAAUUUCGGCAUGCUGCCGCACUUGCCUUGCUUCUCAACCGCAGCAGGCCUGGCAGUCUAGGAGAAUGAGUGGACUGCCGCUGUGAGCACUGUCACACCGCUGGAAACCGCUGCGCACACGCGCUUGUCAGUUAAGUUUUAGUGAAUGCUUUUCAGGCAGUGUAGAGCUGCUCUCCAUAUUCAGAAAUUUUAUAUGACACCAAAAUCAGUGUUUAGAAAUCUAUAUUGGCAGCAAAAUGCUGUGUUUGGUAAACCAGGGAUCAUGACCCCUACCCCGCCCCAGGUCAAUAAACCUACAGGGUGGAGAUACUGUAUUUUUUACACUAUCAACUUACUCAGUUUUGAGAAAAUUACUUUUUUAUACUAAGCUGUAUUUUGGAGUAAAUUCCAACUUCCUUAUCCCCAGGCCCAUUCCUUGCCCUGGAAAGGGAGCUAUAUCUGGUCCCCCAGCAGCAGCAUCUCUGCACUGAGUUCUAUAGUUUAUUCCAAGUCAAACUCAGGGUCAAGUUUAACAGAGGAGGUGUUUAGUGUCAAAAUACUAAUAUAGUAUUUCUAUUGCAGAGGGCCAGAAUAAAUUACAGGAAUUUCUGAAAGUGUAGCAAUAAGCCAAAAAUGUCCUAAUGAGUGUUCACCUGUUACAGCUAAAAAUCUAAGCGUAACUUUUGUAAUCUGCUGCUGGUUUUCAAAAAACUAAAAUUUUUAUAUAAAUAAGAAUCAUUUCUACUUGCUGUAUAUAAGGGCCAACCAAUGUGGUAAAACAUUGACUCCUCAAAUCUACAUUAAUCCAGAGAGAAAGGAGGAAAUGUUAGGAAAUGGGGCACGGGCUUAGGCUGGUCUCAAGUGUGGGCUGACGGGAAAUUGGUGCUUUCCUCUCUUCAGGAUGAGGUUGAAGAUGCUGUAGAGGUGAGGGCCUUGUUUGUCUGCUGUGUCCCUGGUACUGCAGUCCCGGCUGAUGAGCUCCUUGAAGACUUGUUUCUUUAGCACUUUGAAGACAGAACCACUUUCUUAAAGUGCUAUCUUAGAAACUUUAGAAGCUUGCCCUACUUUCCUCUGAUUUGGGGAUUAAAAAGUAAAGUUACAUUUUUUUUUAAAUUUGUUACUUUCAAAUACCAGGACUUUUAUUAAAGGGAUUUCUUUUUAAUCUGCCAAAAUGGAGCCCAUUUCCUAGGCAUAAGUCUGUCUUCCGAGACCGGCUUCAGCAAACACUCACCCUUCCUGGCUUCCCUAGAGAGUAUUGUUAGGGUAAAACACAGUCCGAGAUGGGCAUUGUACACCAGGCAAGGCUACUCUGGCUUUAAAUUUUACUUCAGAAAUUCUAUGAAAGGGAUAAUUCUAAGAUAGAGAAAUUAGAGAGUUGGUAACAUAUUUUAUGAUGCCAUAAUUUUGUAUCUUCUGGGGAACAUUGGCAAACUCUUGUUACUGUUUUUCUAUAAUGACCAGUUUUGGUAUUUCCUUGUUACUAAGAUCUAUUUUUAGAAUAAAAUCUGUUCUCCAUUCAA